AUGGCGCUGUUUCCAGCUUUUGCAGGAGUUUCAGACGACACUAAAGUUGAAGAUUCGUCUAAAGACUGGCUGAAAAAUAAGAGUUUUCAGAGCAGGGAUGCACUCUCUCUUCACAGUCGCUUUUUAGAGAAAACAGAUGAGACACUGAACGAGAAGGACUCAAGUGUAGACAGAGAUGUGGAAGAAAGUGACGUGCCACCCAAGAAGAAGAAAAAAAAGAGUGAAAAGCACAGAAAAAAGAAGAAAAAACACAAAAAGAAGAGCGGGAGGUAUUCCGAUUGCAGCGGGUCGGACUCAGAAAUCAUUUUUCCCAGUGACCUCAAAAAGGAACAAGAGGCAGAUAGGCCCAAAGAUGCUCCGUUAUCCAGUCGUUUCUCCUGGUUGGAUGACCUCCAGUCUCCCACACUGCAGCCGUUCUGUGUGGACAGUAAACCAGACGCUGCUAACUGGACGUACAAGUCUCUGUACAGAGGAGACGUAGCGAGGUAUAGGAGGAAAGGCAGGUCGUCUUUAGGUCUGGACUCGCGCAGACAGGAAGUCAGCUGGGAGGAGUCGGAGUCCAAUAAGAAACAGAAAGGUGGCGACAAGAAAAAAAACGCAGACAGAUACUUCUCUACAGUCAGCCGCCAGCUGGUCAGGUCCCAGCACCCCAUUCCUACAUUACCGACAAUUCCCGAAUGCGGCGAUGUCACCAGCCCCACCUCGUUCAUCCCCCUGGGUGAUGACGAGGGGGAGAACAAAGGAGGAGAGACAGGUGGAAGAGUGCACACGUCCUUAGUAAAUCCCCUCGGUGUGUACGACUCCUCCACGGCUCUGUGGCUGCAGGGGAAGGGACAGCAGAACCAGACGGAGCACGACAAGCAGGACAAACAGACGGAACAGGGCGCUAAGCUUUUGGCCGGGAGGACCGAAGAGUUUAACAGGAGGCUCAGAGAAGAGCCGGGAGAUACACAGCUGUGGAUACAAUUUAUACGAUACCAGGAUGAGCUCAGCGCAACAGCGUUCACAGGCGAGGAGGAGCAGCAGGGUGCAGAUUCAGCUGAACGCAGGAAGUCUUCUUACCGAGCCAUCCUGGAGAAAAAGCUUAGCAUCGCAGAGCGCGCCGUGGCAACCAACCCGGGCUGCAUCGCUCUCCAGCUGGAGAGGCUCAAGAUCUGCCAAGAGCUGUGGGAGCCAUCAGCUCUGGCUAAAGAAUGGAAGAAACUGGUGUUCCUCCACCCUAACAGUUCCCCAUUUUGGAGGGAGUAUCUGAUGUUCACACAGAGCUACUUCAGCAACUUCACUGUGGCAAAAGUCAACUCUGCUUACGGGAAGUGUCUGAGCACGCUCAGCGUCGUGCGGGACGGCAGCAUGGUCUCUCACCCGGCUCUGCCCGGGAUCGAGGAGGAUAUGUUAGAUAUCUUCACCCAGCAGUGUCACUUCCUGCGUCAGUGUGGCCACUCAGAGAAGGCGAUUUCUCUGUUUCAGGCCAUGAUAGACUUCACUUUCUACAAACCUGAAAGCGUACAAAAGAUGUCCACCAAGCAGCAGAUUGAGUUCUUCGAGCCGUUUUGGGACAGCGGGGAGGCGAGGGUUGGGGAGUUGGGGGCCAGAGGCUGGAAAGCCUGGAUGCUCCAACAAGAAAGAGGAGGGUGGCUACAGCCCAGUGCAGAAGAAGAAGAGGAGGAGGAAGAAGAUGGAGAGGAGGUGAAGGAUCCGAGCCAGCCCAGAUGGACAGUCUGGCUGGAUGUGGAGUCGUCUCGCGAAGCAGCUGACUGGUUACCUUGGAGACCUGAUAAAACCAAGGGCCAAUCAGAAGAGGAUUGUGACGACCCAGACAGACAGGUGUUGUUCGAUGACAUCGGUUCAUCCCUAAUUCAUCUGUCUUCACCAGAGCUCCGGCUCCGUCUUCUCCUCAAUUUCUUGUCAUUCCUGGGGCUUCCUGUGAACUCUGCUGCCCCCUGUCAGCAGCUUGCCGUGCUGCUGGAGGACCUUUCACUAUUCACUCAGGGUAACGAUCCCCGGCGUCCCCUGACCUCCCACGACCUACCUGGCCCCGGGGUUAACUCUGUCGGUCACAUGACCACUCUUCAGGGAACCAGGAAGCAGGCGGGGCUUGGAAAGCACGGCGAGUUGUUCAUCACCAAUGUGUUCAGUAUGGUUCAGCCUGUCCUUCCUGCCAACCACAGAGCUGUCCUAUCCCUCAGCUGGAUGCAGUACGAGAAACUCAAGGUCUUACGUUGCCUGCGCUGCAGCAACAAGAAACGUCUCCGCUCUCAGGGCAAGAGCAGCAAGCGGGUCGCCAAACGACUGCUCAAAGAAACCGACAACCGCUCAUCGUUGGUGCUGUGGAGGGAGUACGCCCACCUGGAGUGGAUGCUGGGCAACCUUGAUGAAGCUCGCAAAGUGUUCUCCACGGCAACGGCGAUAGGGGGAACCAAAGGACUGAGCAGCCCCACCCUCUGUGAGUUGUGUCUGCUGUGGGCCCAGCUGGAGACGGAGGACGGAGCAAGUGUGCGUGGAGGGGGACUAAGUGAUGUAACCGCAUCCCCGGCUGUGUGUGUACUAACCAGGCUAGCAGAAGGAACCUCCUCCUCAUCAUCCUCCCAGUCCCUCACUCCGGUUUCCAUCCUGAAGGCCAGAAAGUCAUACGAACAAGCUCUGACUGCCAGCUUGUCAGCACUGGACCAAGACCUCCACAACCCUCAGGCCAACAAAAAAGGUCAAGAGGACGUACUAGAAGACAAGCUGAGUUUGAGAGGUUUGGUAGGCUGCUACGCUCUGUUCCAGUACCUCACAGUGGGCAUCCAAGCGGCUCACGCUGUCUACAUUCAGGCAAGAGGGAGGAUGGAGGAACUGCACCGCACGCUAACACUUGACAGCAGUAAUGAGGAAACCAACCAUGUCAGCACUGAUGCCAGUCACUCUGCAGCUGCUUCCAGCCCUACGAGCCGGCACCGUGUUAAAAAACUAGCUUCUGAGUGUGAGACAUUAGCAGUGCAGCACGCAUCAUUGCUCAAGCACCACAACAGUGUCAGCGUGUUUCCACUGGCAACGCUGAGACAGACGCUGACCUCUGCCCUUUCAACUUGGUCCAGCAGCGCCCCUCUCUGGAGCAUAUAUGUACAGGUGGAGAACCGUUACCAUAGCGCUGGCCGGGCGCGUCGCUUUUUUCACUCUGUUUCCAAGGACAACAGCAGUGUUGUGCCACGCCUCUUUGCCAUUGUUGCUGAACAACAAAGAAAGCAGCUGGUGGACGCUGCUCAGAGGUCUUGUUGCAAUGACGCCGCCUUGCCCAUCCUGCCAGAGAAUGGCCUUAGCAACCGUAUCCGUGGACUGUUUGAAAGCUCCAUAGCAACAGAGAUGGGUGCUCACUGUUCUUUACUUUGGAGGAUGUACAUGCACUUCCUGGUGUCAGAAGGGAAGGUGGAUAAAGCCAAUGGGAUCUUCUACAGGGCUUUACAGAAUAUUCCCUGGUCUAAGGGUUUGUACAUGGAUGCAGUGCAGCUGUUCCCUGACCAACUGCAGGAGUUUGUAGAUCUGAUGACAGAGAAAGAACUACGAGUCAGACUGCCUUUAGAAGAACUGGAUAUACUACUGGAGGACUGAACACACACACACACACACACACACACACACACACACACACACACACACCUUGCUGUAGAGCUCAGUUUGAGUUUGCUUCACUGGCAACAUGCCCACCCACAUAUUGGCACACUUUGAUGGCAACAGCAGGACACACACACAAACUCAGAUGGUUACACACACAUAGCUGCAGUAUUCAACAGUGAAGUUGCAGUGAUCUGAUCCACAGAUGAGCAAUGGGCCAUUUUUUAUAUGUCUGAAGAUACUUUAUUUUCAAAGCAAACCAUUAUGACUGUGUUUUUACUAGAUCAUUUUGUCAAUAAAAAUCUAAUAUUCAUAUAAGUGCUACAGUUGUGUUUAUACAUAAUCUGAUGAACAUACAAACUGAGGUUGGACACCUGUGUUGUAAACAAUAUCUCUAUGAAAUGUGAUUGCAAAGAGCACGUCAACAUUUGAGUCAAAUAAAAGAAAUGUAAACAAA